UACACGUGAAGGAGAGACGAAUUUCUUUUUUUUCCCUGUCAGCUGUCCAUUUAGUGUAAGGAAUGUGUUGUGGGAUAAUAAACAAAAUUUAGUUUAGUUCAAUUUCAGUCUUUACACCAUACCGGACUAACAAUUGAGAUUAUGGUUGAGGCGUGCUGAGAUUUGAGGCCAUAAACUGGACACCGUGAAGUGGUUUUGGCUCUGGUCGGGCUUCAUCAUGUGUGCAGCAGUGAAGUAUGGUUCCCGGGGCCCUGCUCUCAUUCCCCGCAUGAAGACUAAACACCGUAUCUACUACAUCACCCUAUUCUCUGUGGUCCUGCUGGGGUUGAUCGCAACAGGGAUGUUCCAGUUCUGGCCUCACUCCAUUGAGUCCUCCGCUGAAUGGAGUCUGGACCGCCGUAGUGUGCACGACGCUCCUUUGAUCAGGAUACCUGUGAGCAGUCCUAUUCCUGAGAGGGGUGAUCUGAGCUGUCGGAUGCACACUUGCUUUGACGUGUAUCGCUGUGGAUAUAAUCCCAAAAAUAAAAUCAAGGUGUACAUCUAUCCUCUUCAGAGAUUUGUGGAUGAGGUAGGAGUGCCCAUCAGUAGCACUGGCCUGUCUCGAGAAUACAAUGACCUGCUGAGCGCCAUCUCAGACAGUGACUUUUACACUGAUGAUGUGACUAGAGCGUGCCUGUUCAUACCCUCCAUUGAUGUGUUGAAUCAGAACUCUCUGCGGAUUCGUGAAACUGCUCAGGCACUGGCCAUGCUGCCCAGGUGGGACAAAGGCAUGAACCACCUGCUGUUUAACAUGCUUCCUGGAGGACCCCCUGACUACAAUACAGCUCUGGAUGUGCCCAGAGACAGAGCCCUGCUGGCUGGGGGAGGCUUCUCCACGUGGACAUACAGGCAGGGUUAUGAUGUCAGCAUCCCCGUGUAUAGCCCCUUAUCUGCUGAGGUGGACCUUCCUGAAAGGCAACCAGGGCCUCGGCGGUACUUCAUUCUAUCGUCUCAGACGGCCAUCCAUCGGGAAUACCGUGUGGAACUGGAGAGGCUGAAGGAGGAGAAUGGGGAGGCCCUGCUCCUCCUAGACAAAUGCAGUAACCUCUCUCAGGGCUUGGCCUCAGUCAGAAAGCGCUGCUAUAAAGGACAGGUCUACGACUACCCACAAAUCUUACAGGAGUCGUCAUUCUGUGUGGUUCUGCGUGGGGCCCGGCUCGGACAGGCCACUCUCAGUGAUGUGCUGCAGGCCGGAUGUGUCCCCGUCAUCAUGGCUGAUUCCUACAUUCUGCCUUUCUCUGAAGUACUGGACUGGAAAAGGGCAUCCGUUGUCAUUCCAGAAGAAAAGUUGCCUGAGAUGUACACUAUUUUGAAGAGCAUCCCUCACAGACAGGUUGAGGAGAUGCAGAGACAGGCCCGCUGGUUCUGGGAUGCCUACUUCAGCUCCAUGAAGGCUAUUGGCAUGACGACUCUCCAGAUAAUUAAUGAUCGCAUCUACCCAUAUGCAGCUCGUACCUACGAAGAGUGGAACAAUCCUCCUGUAGUUAAAUGGUCAAGUGUGAACAGCCCACUUUUCCUUCCUCUCAUACCACCACGCUCUCCUGGGUUCACGGCUGUGGUGUUGACAUAUGAUCGAAUUGAAAGCCUCUUUAGGGUCAUCACUGAGAUCUCCAAGGUGCCAAGCUUGGCCAAACUGCUGGUGGUGUGGAAUAACCAGAACAAGAGCCCCCCUGAAGAGACACUGUGGCCCAAAGUCGCAGUACCUCUUAAAGUGGUCCGCACCAAAGAAAACAAGCUCAGCAAUCGCUUCUUCCCGUUCGAUGAGAUCGAGACGGAAGCUGUCCUGGCCAUUGAUGAUGACAUCAUCAUGUUGACCUCAGAUGAGCUGCAGUUUGGAUAUGAGGUAUGGCGUGAGUUCCCAGAUAGGCUGGUUGGAUAUCCCGGUCGGCUCCACUUAUGGGACCACGAGAUGGGCAAGUGGAAAUAUGAGUCUGAGUGGACCAAUGAAGUGUCAAUGGUCUUGACUGGAGCUGCGUUCUACCAUAAGUACUUCAACUAUCUCUACACGUAUAAAAUGCCUGGAGACAUCAAGAACUGGGUGGAUGCUCAUAUGAACUGUGAGGAUAUUGCCAUGAAUUUCCUUGUUGCCAACAUCACUGGCAAAGCCCCAAUAAAGGUUACACCUCGAAAGAAAUUCAAGUGCCCGGAGUGCACAGCAAUUGACGGGUUGUCCCUGGACCAGACGCACAUGGUGGAGAGGUCUGAGUGCAUAAACAAAUUUGCCUCUGUGUUCGGCACCAUGCCUCUGAAGGUUGUGGAGCACCGUGCCGAUCCUGUACUCUAUAAAGACGACUUCCCAGAAAAACUCAAAAGUUUCCCCAACAUUGGUAGUCUGUGACACUACCACAAUGACUCUUUCCCAUCACUUUUAUCUAUCAAACAGGCUAUGGGCACUCCAGGAUUUCUCUUUCUUGUUCUGUAUCUGACCUAAUGACUUUUGAGGAGUGCCUUUCCAAUGGCGGUGUGAUGGGAGCUGAUGGACUCUAUAACUUAUUACCAUAUUUUCAUUCUUGAGAACAGUUGCUGAAACAGGACGACACAUCAAGACGGUUGAUGAUUUCUGAGGACGGGUCAGUGCUUAGGUCGGUCUGUCAAUCACAAGCUGAAACCUUCCUUGUGGUUGACCGUAUAUAUGUGUAAGGAAAGUGAACACACAGAGGAGCUAUCUGCUAAACAGCAUAGGAUAUAUUAAUGUAAUUUUACAUUUAUAGUUUAACUUUUUUAUGAUAUGCAUCACGCUGAACAAAUUGUAGCUUAACUUCAACUAAAUAUCUGGGGUGUCGGGAUGGGGCUAUUAGUUUGUUCAUAGGAUAUUGUUUUGCACAGUCACUGAUAGUGAUUUUAAUACUACAGUUUGAGUUAUAUCAGUUUGACAUUUCAUUUUAUAUUCUGUUGCUGACUUUUUGAAUGUUGCUGGAUAAAGUAUUUUAUGUAAAUGUCUAUUUCCCCUAUUUAGGUAAACUCUUAUGUCUGCCUAAUUAAAGCAUAUUUUGUGUAUUAAUAGAUAUCAAAAGACACUAUUUGCAGAGUUGUAUAUACUGUACAGCUGAUAACAACAUGGCUAUAUACCAUGAUAUUGCAAAUAACUCAUUCGUUCAUAAUGUAUUCUAGUUUCAUUUUAGUGUCAUCAUUUCUUCCAUAGAAUUUGGUUGUUUGUUUGUUUGUUUUUUACAUUACGAUGUAUUAUAUGUAAUAAACAGUGAAAAAAAACUAAAAUACUCAAUGUAGGCAUGUGCAUUUUGGCUAUUUUGAAUAUGAUAGUACUUUUUUAACUGGUAUACAUGCGUCUUUGGCCUUUACAUUGCAUCUUGAAGACUUUACGGCAUCUCACAAUGCGAGUGUUGCAUUUUUAAGAUGGUUUGUCAGGUUAAGUUGCGCUCCACCUUGUUGAAACAAGUUGUCAUCCCUUUCUAACCUCAAACAAAUCACAAAA